AUGAAGGACUUGGAGAUGGCUAAGCGCAUUGCAAGGUAUCUAAAGGAAACGAAGACAUUGAAGUUGUUUGUUGACAGUUCAAACAAAUUAAUGGACCCGGUCAAGAUUGAGAGCUGUAGUGACGCGGACUUUGCAGCAGGCAAGUCGGAUUACAAGUCGGUCUCAAAAUGCGUGUCGACGGUGGAUGGAGCAGUGACAUGA